UCUCUUUUGAAUUUUUAGGGCUUCCAAUGGCGAGCUCAUAGAUUUCUUGUUUCUCGGCGGUGGAGAAUCAAUCGCGCGCAAUGCUGGGCGAGAAGAUGUUGGCGCUCAGCUCGCGCGACUGUUUUCUAAGCGUAAGAAGCGAGGAUUGCUUCUCAUCGCUUCUCAUCGUCACCGACAGAGGCGCCUUCUCCAUCACAACAGUGUCGAGAAGAGCUCAUCACAGGAAUGCCGUGCUCGCGAUUGCCUCGCAUUCUUCCGAGCAGCAGCACGAUCACAGGAAGAGUUCUCGCGCGAGCGCUGGGCCGACAAAGUAUGACAAAGUAGCUUCUCACGAAGAACACCAAGGCCUUGGAGCAGCGCCGCUCAAAGCCAACUCCAGCGCCACCACCGCCACCGCCAGCACGACCUUGCAGCAGAGCAGCGACUAUCUUCUCAGCGCUUACGGGUGGAGCGUGAGAGAUCUAAAUCCCAGGAAGCAAAAGGACUUGCAAGACGUAUCACUCAUCCAAGCCGAGGCGUUUCACUCGCCCGCAGUGGUCUUCAACGAUUUCUUCUACGACAUAUUCAAAGCGGAGGUCUUGACUGCUCUUACUUACAAAGUGAGGCUCUCGCCCCCUCAGAGAUAUACAUGCUUGGUUGCCGAGACCCAAGACGAGGAUGAUAAGAAAAUGGUCGGAGUCGUGGAUUUAACCGCGCUGGACGACAAAGACAUGCUCCAACAUCUCCAGGACGAUUAUGCCGACGAGUAUCUCUACGUCAGUGGCUUGGCCGUCGACGAAAACUACAGACGGAGGAAUGUUGCCACAGCUCUUUUGCAAGGCGUGGAUUUGCGAGCAUCGCUGUGGGGAUUUAAACACCUCAUUCUUCAUGCCUACGAAGACGAUGUGAGAGCGCGAAGAGUUUACUCCAAGUCUGGAUACAAAGCCGUGGCUUUGGAUCCAAUCUGGGCUUCGACUUGGAUUGGAAGAAGGCGAAGAGUUAUAAUGACCAAGAGAGUUCCAAGCUAGCCGAGAGUAUCUCAGUGUGUAACGAUUGGGCCAACCAGAGGAAGACACUUGGCAUGCUCUUGGAGCGUCGGAUCCGAGUCUUCAUCGCACGGUUUGGGAUUUUUACGCUAAGAGCACGUUGGUCUAUCCAUUUUGUUUUCAAA